UCAACAAGAUGUCUGACACACACACACACACACACACACACUCUCAAUUUAUAUUGUUAGAGGCUCGCAGCAGGGCUGGCUGAUCAUUCUUGACGGGCAGAUGGAUCACCGCUCGGAUCGACUCCUCUGAACGGAAUAUCUCGGCUCUGUUCGCUCAGGUGACCGUAAGUGGGCUGUGCAUGUAUGACUGAUGGACAGGAGUCUGAACCAAUCACAGGACAAUGCUGGCACGAAGCCGUUUCAUGCUGGUGCUGGUGGUGGGUGCCCUGCUGGCGGUGCUGAGUUUCAGCCUGCAGUACUUGCACCUCAUUCCAACCAAUCCGGUGGCAGAGCAAAGGUCACUUGGUAAAAGCAGAAAGCGUGUGAAUCCGGUCCUCCACACGGAUCCUCCUGCCCCAGACCCCAUCCGAGACACUCACAAGCACUGCAAUUACCCCAACCUCACUGAGCACGGCUGGGAGGGUCACAGUCCGGCUGACUACAGGCUGCUGUCUGUACACCUGAUGAUUCGGCAUGGAGACCGUUUCCCUCUGUACUCCAUCCCCAAAACCAAGAAACCUGCCAUAGACUGUAUACUAUCAGAAAAGAGAAAGCCUUCUCACCCCAUCUUGGCCUCCUUCAUUAGUCACAUGGCUCUCAGUGGGCGUGGUCACUGGGACACAUCACUGGGAUCUCUGCCCAGAUUACCCAAUCACAGCACCUGUGAAAUGGGGGAGCUCACACAGACAGGAGUCGUACAGCAUUUGAAAAACGGCGAACAUCUUCGCCAGGCUUACAUCAAGCGUCACAAUCUGCUUACUGCUGAUUGGUCGCCGCGGCAGUUGUGGGUGGAGACUACAGGUAAGAGCCGCACCCUUCAGAGUGGAUUGGCCUUCCUCUUCGGUUUCCUGCCACAUUUCGAUUGGUCACGGCUGACGGUAAAACUGCAGUGGAGUACGCUGUUCUGCGGUUCCUCGUGCGAAUGCCCCGCACGCAACCGGUACCUGGACCAGGAGCAGCGCAGGCAGUAUCGGCAGAGGACUGCAGACACGGAACUGGAAAGCACGUAUGUCGCCAUGGCGAAGACGUUGGGCGUGGCCACAAAGAAACUGAGGGCGGCCAAUCCUGUGGAUGCGUUGUUGUGUCACUUUUGUCACGGUCUUCCUUUUCCAUGCUCUAGCACUCAGACUACAUCAAACGCUCCGGAUGAGGGGGCGUGUCUUACACUACAGCACUUUGCUGUGAUUCGACGGCAGCAGAAAAAUGAUGAACUGGAGCGGCGGGAGGCGGGGCUUUACCGCCGAUAUGCUGUGCUCGCGGCACAUCCGUACCUCAACCGUACCGCAACGCGGAUGGAGAGGAUUGCCAGAGGAAGCCAAACGCGCAAAGGCAAGGAAGAGGCAGUCUUCUCUUUAGCAUCUGCUCAUGACGUAACAAUGGCACCGUUGCUAAGCGCCCUUGGUCUGGAAGGGGCGGGAUUUCCAAAGUUUGCAGCGCGGCUGGUGUUUGAGCUGUGGAACAGCCCGGAAGUGAAAGACAAAGACAGAAAGACUGAUAGAAAACGAGGAAAGUGGUUGGAAAAUAUGUUCAUUCGUGUUCUCUAUAACGGAGAGGACUUGACCUUUGACACAGCCUUCUGCCGUGACCACAAUCGACACUCUGCUCAGCCGCUGUGCCCUCUGGGUAAUUUCCUGUCUUUUGUGAGAAACGAUAUGUUUAAUAUUGUCAAUGCGACGAGUUACCAGCAGGCCUGCCACCAAAUUGUACUGUAAUUGUGACCAUGAAUGACUGACAUAGAGCAAACGUCAAGGAAGGAUGAGGAACGGGUAUAGUUUACCCAAAUAUUCUGUACAGUUCUGUCAUUAUUUUUAGUCCCUUUAUGACAUUCCAAACCCAUAUGACUUUUUCAUGGAAUGCAACUGACAAAACUGUGAUGAAUAUUCAAUGAAUGCAAGACUUACAAGCU